GGAAAUGGCUAAUCAGGAAAUUUCGGUAACUUUAGUUUAUUUUACUAAUCGUACCGAAAAUGUAGUUCCAUUUGCAUCCGUUGAAAAAUUUUCCCCAAAAAAUCGAAAAGACUUUUUUCGAAAGCGGAAAUAUAAAGUUUGGUGGGAAGGACACAAGGACAAAACUGAUUCCUUAUUGAAUGCGUAUGUCCUCCUUUUGGACAGAAGAUUUCACAAAUAUUUCGAAGAAUUCAUAAGGAUUUCUAAAGAUUUAAACAAUUUACGAGAUUUGAAAAUGGAUAAAGAAGCAUUAAAAGUUCUUCAAAUAGAAAGCUGUUCCCAUUUCUGAAAACAAUACAGCGAGCACAGAGAAUGAGACUUUCAGAAGGCGAGCUGCCCGUAAUAAUUCUGCCACUACCGAUCAUUAUUCAUAGUCGAGACGUCAAAUUAGUCAAAUAAAUGGAAAACAGGUCCAUAUUGGUGAAGACGUUCACAUAUAUAUUGAAGUGUGGGAAACAAUGAAAAGGAAGAGUGGCGCCAAUUUUUUUACAGAUUUAGCUGUGCAAAUUUGGGACACACCUACUCUACA